CCGACCUCGGACUGUCCCGCCUCAUGACCAACAUAAUAGAACGAAUGUUCAGACCAAAACUACCAUUUCACUUUUGCAUAAUUUGUCGGAACGAGUAAAACGAUACUGUCAUUUCUCGAUAAUUGCAAAUCAUCGGGCUCCUUCGAAGGUCUGCAAGUCAAGGUCGGCGACUUCUUGCCUUCUGCCCGCACUCUCCACACUUGGAUCGAACGCCCUCAAUUUAUAGACAGACAGGAUGAAAGCGCUACGGUGGCAUGGCAACAAGGACGUUCGUCUCGACGACAUCCCUGAGCCUCAAGUCAAGCCAGGUUGGGUGAAGAUCAAAAACGGCUGGGCAGGAAUAUGCGGAUCUGACCUCCACGAGUAUCUCAUCGGCCCCAAGAACGUCCCCUUCAAUAAGCCCCAUGUCCUCACUGGCGAAACGAUCCCCACAACCAUCGGCCACGAGUGGAGCGGAACGAUCGUCGAACUCGGCAGCGACAUCCCCGACUCCUACGGGCUAAAAGUCGGGCAGAAAUGCGUCGUCUUCCCCGUCCUGGGAGAUCGGAAUUGCGUGUACUGCGUGGAAGAGCUACACGGCGCGUGUCCAAACUGGGGCUUCCUGGGGUAUUCGGGUUUCGGCGGAGGCUUUGCCGAAUACUGCUGCAUCGAUGCCCGCGAAGUGCUCCCCAUCCCCGAUUCGAUGGGCCUGGACGUCGGAGCGCUGGUCGAACCACUCGCUGUCGCAUGGCACGCGAUCAAGCGUAGCAGCGUCAAGCCAUCAGAUGCAGUGCUGGUGAUGGGAGCCGGACCGAUUGGUAUCGCCGUCAUUCUAGGCCUGCAAGCACAGGGCGUCACGAACAUCGCGGUGUCGGAGAUAUCAGAACUCCGCUCCGAGCAUGCGCGCAACAACGGCGUUCGACAUGUGUUCAACCCGCAAAAGGACGACAUUCGUCAACGCACGCUUGACAUAUCGCCGGAUGGCUGUGGUGUGGCCGUGGUGUACGAAUGCACGGGAGUCCAGGCGGCUAUGGAGGCGGCGAUACAGAGUGUUCGGGGCGGUGGCACGAUUGUGAACAUUGGCAUUUUUGAGAAGCCGCUGACGCUGGACUGGAAUUUGCUGAACCGGAAGAGCCUGAACUACUUGGGUAGCAAUAUCUACACCAAGGGAGAGUUUCAGGAAGUUAUUGAUGCGAUUGCUGAUGGUCGACUGAAGAAUCCGGAGCGGAUGAUUACAUCGCGGAUCUCAUUAGAUGAAGGGUUAGAGAAAGGGUUUCAUGCUUUGUUGCACGAGCGGGAGAAGCAUGUGAAGAUUUUGAUUGGAGUUGAUAGUUAGACUUGCCGGGCUCAAUGGAGGCUAAGUGGUAGCAAUUGACUCUUGCUCAGCCAACGUCGGUAUUGUAUCGAGCGGUGUAUGCAAGAGUCUAGAUUGAACGGAAACAGGUGUUCGGUGUCAAACGAUAGGGCGUCGGGAAGAGACUCCACUCGAAUCCCGACGCGAAAUCCCCGAGAGUCCCCGAAUU